AAACUCACAAAGUGAAAGUCCUCAAAAGCAAAGCACCCAUAUAAACUUUACUUGAUAACUACAAGCACUAGCAAUUCCACCACCAAAAAAAGAAACUAUUCUAUCAACUUGUCCCAAUAUUUCUAUAACAAUUCUUCAAAAAUAACUCCAUUAAAAACCUAACACACACACAAAAAAAAAAAAAAAAAAAAAACUCUUCACCCCUUUAUAUAUAUAUAUAAACCAUGUUAAGUUUAUUAGUAUCAAUAAGGCAAAAUUUAGAAAAUAUGGGAAAAAGUCCAAGAGUAGCUGAUGAAAAUAUGACAAAUAUUUGUAGAGGUGGAACAACAUCUAGAUCAACAAGGCAACAUAAUUGGAACGGGUUUUCGAUUAUUUGUGGCGUUUUUCGCGCUCCAUUAGCGUUAUUUUCGUGUUUAAAUCAUCCAAGAAUCAAUGGAACAGAUGGAGUUUGGGUUUCUGGAGAAUUUUCACAAAUUUCUGAAAUGAAUCAUCUUAUGGUUAGUGAUAGUAUGCGUUAUGCAAUAUUAAUGUGAAGAAAAAGAUUAUGGUAAGAAAUGAAAUGAAAUUUUAGUCAUGAUGAGACUUUUUUUUUGUUUGUUUGUUUGUGUUUUUGGGGUUUUUAUAAUAUAUAUUGAUGUAUGUGAAGUUUUGGAUUUGUUAUUUUUCAUUAGGAUAUUUAGGGUUGUAUACCUAUUAUACUUAAUUUUAUUUUAUACGAUAAUGUUUGACCUGAUUGA